UGUCAAUUUGAAAUUAUAGUCUGUGUUGAAAAUGUCAUGUGCGAAAUCGUGAAGUCCCAUGUGUUUACUCCAAUAAACCAAAAUUUAUCGAAUUUAUAAUGAAAGACCCUGUGGAAACAGAAGAAAAUGUUCCACCGAAAGAUACUAAGAUUGCGCCAUCGAUAUUGGGUGCUUUCGACUUGCUCCGAGAGCCGAAAAACGAUACAAAAAUAAUCGGCGGCGCCAAAAUUAUUUCUAUUUUACAGGGAAAUGAGAACGAAAAGAAUGUACAAUAUGCUCUGAAAAGAUGUGUAAGAAGUCUCGGAGCGAACCAUCCUGACAUGAGAUCUGGCUAUUUUGCUACCCUCGUUACUUUGCUAAGCAAAUUUGAAGACAUAACAGUUACGAAACUUACAGAGCUUCUGAAGAAAGAAUUGCAUGCUAAUGGGUCCUCCAAAAGUGAAGUAGGUGAUGUAGCCCUCGGACAGAUUCUGGUUUGUGGAGCCAUCUUCCGCUCCGGCCUGAUGCUGAGGAGCUCCGUGGAGGAGCAGACUCAAGUCAUCAAGUUACUGCUGGUCGCUAGCAACAAGAAAUCCUACCUGAGCACUGUGGCCUAUUUGAUACUACUUGAUUUUGUUAAGAAGCUGGAUGAAGAUCAGUUUUCAACAAUAAUAUGGAGCAACAUAAAGGAGAAUUUCAAGAAAGAUCUAAAGGAGCACAGUCUGGACUCCCUUUACUUCCUGAUGGUGGUCUCCACACAGUUCCCGCAGAAGGUCAAACUGAGGAAACUCAUUGGAGUUGGGGAAAUACUUUGUGAAGACACUGUGCACACUAUUUGUGAAAAACUCAUGUCUGGUAUUGACUACAGUUCAGUCAGUCAUCCAGUCUUCAAGGAAGUCAGUACCCUCAUAGCCAACUCUCCGCAUCUACAACUGUUCUGGACCUCAGGCAUUGACAGCCAACUCGUGAAGCACAACCGGAACCGAGAACUAGUGGCCCUGAACAUCCUGAGCACUAUUCUCACCAAUAUAACAGAUAACUUUGAGGUUAUACCUGAAUUACUGAGCAAAAACUUCUUCAAAUUGUUCAUGGAUUGGUUCAAGGGUCUCCAGACUGCCAGCAAGAUCAGAAACAAGAGAGACAAUGAAGAUGAUCACAAAAUAAUGAUCAAAAAACAAAAGGAAGUACUAAAUGCCCUGGCUAAAGCACUGAAAUCUGAAAAGGUGGACAUGUCAGUGAGAAUAGAAACAUUAAAAAAGCUUCUCUUUACAAGAGGAGAGAUGAAUUUCACGGAAAUCACUGGCACUAAUAUAGUCAAGGCUAUUAUGUCUGAUCUUGACUUGGAUGGUGUGAAGAAAAUGGCUAAACUGUUUAAGAAAGUCCUUUUAAACACAUCUAAGAAAGUAGUUAAAGAGGAUGUUGAGAGGAACUGGUACAACAAUGAGAGAUUGAAAGCGGCUGAGAUGAUCUCCCUGCUCGUGAGCCAUGACGCUGUCAAGGAUGACACUGAGUUCAAGCUGGCAUAUAUGAAAAUACUAAUGUGCUUUGGAUUCUUCAAAAUCAGUGGCGAUGAAACUGUGGCUGUUAGUUCAGAGUUAUCAGGAUCCAUCAAAUCUUGCUUCUACCGCUGCUUCACCUCAAAAUUCUCAAAUGUAGACAGUCUAGUCCAAGUGCUGUGCUCCCUCAGCGAGUUCAUCAACACCACCAUUCAGAACGACCAAGUCAAGUCCAAGAUAGAGAAACAGUUCUCCAAAGAAAACAUGGAAUGCUGGGAGAUGGUCACAGAAAUCACGCAAACAAUAGAAGGUAUCGAUUCAAAGGGAAAAGUUGACAAAGUGUUCCUAAUUCUGCUGUACCAGCUCGGCCUGUUUCUGUAUUCGGAGCCGACCCACAUCAAAAUGGCGAAAGGUGCGAUCAAAGAGUUGAAAAGUUGCUACGAACAUUACAAGAAAGGUAAGAAGAAAAAGCCGAAGAAGGCUAAAGAUGUUGAGGAAGUGGAGGAAGAGCCGGAGUGGAUCGAGGUGCUGGUAGAGGUGCUGCUGUCCAUCCUGUCCGCGGAGUCCAGCGUGCUGCGCGCCGUCGUGCAGUGCGUCUUCAGGCUUCUCUGGGAGUUCCUCACUCCGUCGUGCAUUGAACAGAUUGUCUCCGUACUUGAUCCCGAAAGUGAGACCAAUCCUCUCACUCAAGACAGUGACUCAGAAGAUGAAGACGGAGACAAGGAUAAAGAUGAGGCAGAGGAGAAUGGCGAAGAGGAGUCUGGUGAGGAGAAGAGUGACGCUGAAAGUGACGAGAGCGACAGCGAAAUUGAGGUAGAAGAUGAAGACCAGGACGCAACUAUACCCGAUCAACUAAGGAUCGCUGUUCAAAAGGCUCUUGGGGCGGCUGCUGAGAGCGACAAUGAAAGUAUAGAUGCAGACAUGAUCACUGAGGAAGAGGGAAAGAAGCUGGAUGACGCGCUGGCGGAGGCUUUCAAGCAGUUCCAUCAAGGGAAGAACAAGAAAACUAAGAAGGACAGGAAAGAUAAAAAGACACUGUCAGAUUUCCGCAUUAAAGUCCUGGACCUCAUUGACAUUUAUCUGGAGAAAGACCCGGCCAUGGACAUCGCGUUGAGCAUGAUGGCGCCUCUGACGAGGUCGUUAGAAUUCUGCAUCCAGGAGAGCCAGCCUGAACUUGGGAACAGGCUCAGGAAAACCAUAAAAAACCUUGCUAAGAUCAGGAAAUUUUCAUCCAUCGAAAAUGUUACCAUUGACAUUCUGUGCGAGUACUUAAAAUCAGCUAUCGACAAAGGUACGCGAUCGCACUUCAUGUACCAAUCUUUGGGUGACGUGAUCACUCACUACGCGACGUUCAUCAUCCACUGCUCGCUGAAAAUCCAGCCGGCGGCGCCAAAAUCACCUAAAAAGAGCAAGAAAGCGAGCUCGUCGGCGCUGACGGACAUUUUUAAGGAGAACCUGCAGAGUUACUUCAAGAACCGCAACUGCUUGUUGCCGGUGAUCUUCUUCCACAGCGUGCUGCAGGCGGAGUGGGAGGGCGCGCUGGACCUGCUGCCUGUCAUCGUGGAGAACAUCUUCAGCGCGGAGGUGCGUCAGUUCCGUCGAAGCGAGGGCCUCGAGCUCGCCGCCGGCUUCUACAGAGCCCUCAAACGAACCAAACCAACCUCCAAGAAAGCUCUAGCCAGCCUGGCCGCCGUCGAGACUAACUUUGAAGAAGUUCUCAAGAAGACCCUCAGCGGCGAAAAUGAAGAGUUCACAGCUAAAAAUAACUUCUUCAACACUCUAAAGAAACUUAUUAACACAAUGAAAAUGUUCCACGAGAGUUGCCAUGUUGAAUCGAGUGUAGAUUUUAAUUCGUUGUUAGCGGUAGUCGGAUCGUGCAAGGGUACUGUAAAAACUAAGGAUAGUAAUAAUCAAACACAAGCCGCACAGAAUGGGAAUGCAGAUAAAAAAACUAAAAAGAAAAAUAAGAAGAAGAAAAGGAAACAAGAAGAGAGCAAUGGUCACGUGGAGCCGAAACAGAAGAAGAGUAGGAAAGACUCCAAUAGAGAAGCCAGUGAAUAAAUCUAAAUAACGCGCUAAGAUGUUGUAUUUUUAUUAAAUGAAACUGAACAA